CACUUCUGAAGCCUUUUGCCUCCAUCGGGUGUUGGUUUUUCUGGGCGUUUUCAGUUGUAUUUUUACGAUCGCGACGGAUGUAUCGCGUUGCUCAAGUGUACCUCACGAUGGACGCCCUGCUGGGCAUCUUUUCCAUCUGCCUGCUCAUAACAGUGGCCAAUGCAACCCUAGACAGUCCGGUUGCCCGCGUUUCAUACGAUCCCAAAUGUGGAUGCUACAACACCAUAACGAUCAGUACCCUACCAAGGCCGAGCACAAUUUGCACCACAACGGUUCCUGUCUAUGAAACUGUGGCCACCGAUAUCCUGACGCUGGGUCCGGUAACAGAUUGGAAAACGGAAACCGAUUUCAUCACCCUCUCGUCAACCACCAAGACCAAGACGAAAACCAAAAAACACUACGCAACGACUUAUACUGAUUCCGUUUGGGCCACCAAUACCGUUAUCUAUCAACUUGAACCUUCCGUUACAUACGUUGAUGAACACGUCACAGAAACAGUUACGGAAACAGCAACAGGUCCCACCUCAAUCAUUUACGAAACGGAAUACGCCACAGAAACGACCACACACACAAAAACCAAAUAUAUCAAGAAACACACAAAAACUUUAACAAAAACACUCACCGACAUUGAAACAAUCUGCCUGAAAGUCACCUCGACGACUGCUGCGGAAAAUGUCGUGACCCUGGAUCCUUCAACGACAUACGUGACUGAAACCGAGACCGAUACCCAAACCGUUACUUCCACUAUAACUAAAUGGAUCACCAAAACCGUCAACCAUCACGAUUCAUCAGAGGAGGACUAUGAUGUUUACCAUUACUCGACCCUGCGACCAAAAACGUGUACCGAGUACAGAACGGAACUGACAACCAACCUGAUAAUCGGCCCCACUCCAACCCUAACAGUCACCAGCACCGAAAUCUACGGAACGGUCGAAACGAUCACCGUCACCGAAACGGUUCCAAUCGUAUCGCUGGUCACGGUUCCAACGGCCAUACCGUCUGGCGCCUACGCAUCACUGUACUGCCCUGCUGGCCGAGAUCGGAAUCACUACCGGCCAGUUCAUCUUACAGCCCAGUGGCCACCGUAUGGACACCAUAAGUCAUCCCACAGGAUCAAACCGUCGAAAUCGGAGCGUAUCGUUUCGAAAACAACGUCUAACGACGAUUACCUAUCCAAUUCGGAACAGGACCUGCUGGAUGAUCUAUUUUGAAACACUAACGAGCACUCGGGUAGACUUUAGAACACUAACACGGUAGAUUUAACAAUGCAAAAA